AUGUUAACACUUUACGAUGACCCUAUGCUCGGGUCGCCAUCCGCUCCACCAACACUGCUCGCACUUCCUCUCGAGAUCCUUGACCUGAUCACGAAACAAUUGACUACUCGCGAUCUUUGGAGUGUCUACGACUGCUGCCAGCACCUGCGUGUUUGCGCCGCGCGCUGGCUUUUUCGCAAAGUCACCAUUCGAUUUGAUGAAUCGACUCCGAUUAUCCUGAACGGACGAUUCCUCCGACCUCCAGGAAGUGAUCUACUACAAACGUUGAGCCGUUGGUCAGACCAUGUGCGGACCCUGUCUAUCUGGGGUGACGAAGCAGUCCUCCCGGACAUAUUUUUGGGUUUCUUGGGGGAUUUGCACCGUCUUCAGAUCGUGAGGCAAGUUGUUGAUCUUCAUGAACUCAUCAGCAACCCGCCGGCGCUGACUAGCCUCCAAAAACUGCUUUGGCAACUGUCGUUCCAGCCUGUAGGCACAUUGAGCGUGGACUUUAUGUCUCCAAGUAUUUGGCAGCUCCAGAUGACCUUUGUACACCUUCGAUGCCUGCGUCUUUCUUGCAUUGAGCACGAGCCCGGGCUGUUCGUGGUUCCGUCGCUUCCGGCCCUGGAAAGGCUGUCCUUAGAUUUCUGCUGCUAUUGUCUCGAUUGCCCACAAGCUGGCUUGGGACCGUGCGCAGAGUUACAGUUCGAUCGACUCCCAUCUCUGACUUCUCUGUCCAUUUCAGGCGCUCGACAGGAAAGCAUUGUGUGUAGUGGUAGCGCAUUCGAUCUUCGGCGAGUGGAGAUAACCUUCUCUACUGACAUCGACUGGCAGUCGCUUUGCCCAGCCCUCAGCUGCCACCUCGAAGAGUUAAUCAUCACGAACUGUGAUUUUGUGGCUCGGAGGCAGAGAUAUCAACCGCAUUGGCCGAGCCUUCAAAGUUUACGCAUUUACGAUUCGAGCACCGCAAUUGCCCUUCUUGAAAGCGUGGAGCUCCCAGCUGGUGUUCACGUCCGUGUGCGAAUGCAGCCCACGGAUCUGCAGCAUUUGUCGACGUGGCCAAUGGUAUUACAAGCGCUGAGUGCUGUUUGUGUCACAGUCAGCUUCAGUAGUCACCAGAACCUCCCACAUGCCCUUCUAUUACGCUUACAGCAAUUGACGUCUUUGAGAACAGUGCAGAUAGACAAGACUGACUGUACAUGGGUCGCCGCCUGCUUAAGUGAUUUGAACGCGGCCGGUGACCGUGCUGAAGACGUGCAGUCCUCAGAGUUAGAAAAUGCUGGUUAG